AUGCCUAGCAUUGAUAAAUCGUUAUCGGCACUCCAUGUAUGUAGCCCAGUUAUGUGGCCUCUCUCCGCCUCUGACCCACUGGUGCCCUUGCUAUGCUUCCAGCUCCCCAACCUGGAGCUCGGGCCCUGUGCCAGGAGCGCAGUCACCUUUCCCCUUGGCCACAUCCUGCCAUCAUUGUUCACGGGGCAGCUGCUCAGCCUUUCCCUGUCAUCCACCACCCCCUCGGACAGGACGUUCGGGGCUCUCUCCUCCCCUGGGACCCCCGAUGAUGCUUACAAGAAUCUGAGGCACAAACCCCUGAAGGCGCGCCGCAUGCCGGGAGUUGCAGUCCUCCAGAGGCCGACCCCGCCUCGUCCCGGCCUAGACGGGGAGGAGACGCGGCGCCGCGUCACCCUGGUAACCGCCUCUCGCCCGCCGCUGAUUGGGCUGAGUCGCGAGGGGAGGGCGGGGCACGAGACGCAGCAGCGGCUGCGGGCGCUCGCGCCUGUCAGUCGAGCCGGAGCGGAGCAGCGAGCAGGACGGCCUGGCUGGCGGCUUAGUGUAGACGCUGCGCGGCGCCGGCCGGGAGAGCCGGGCCCGCCGCCCCCGGACGCAAGGCCGAGGCGUCCGCGCGCGCCACGCGGCCCAAGGCUGCGGCCCCGAGAGUCCCUGCACGUCGCCCGGGACCAUGAACGCGUGAGAGCCCGGCGCGCGCCGCCCCUGCUGCAGUCCUCGAGCGCACACGACCGGCGCGCCGACUCCCGGCGUCCCCGCGUCCGCCCCGCGCCGCCCGGCCCGGCCCUCCCCGGCGCGAGGCCCCGAGGCGGCGUCCCCGCCGGUGCUCCGCCGCCGCGGCUCGCCGGCCUCCCCUCCCCCACGCCCGCGGCGCGGCGCGGAGCGGCGGCGGCGGCGGGAGGAGGAGGAGGAGGGGCCGGCGCAUUCUCGCCGCUGCUCUUCGCAACCUGCGGGGGCCGGUGCGCGCCCGACUCGGAGCUGGGGCCGCGGCAGGUGCGCGCGGCCUCGGGCGGAGACGACUCUGCUCCCCACCGCCGGGCCAGCCCUGGGCCCGCGAGCCGCCGGGGCGGGCGGGCGAGAAACAGCAACAAAGACCCGCCGCAGCUGGGGCUGGCGAGACGGGCCGCGGCCGCCGGGCCCCCGCGCGGACGGAGAGGCCGCCCUGGGAGCGGCGCGGCCAGAGCUGCGGCCGUGAGCCGGGCCCCACCGGGAGGCGCAGCGCCUCCCGCCGGCUGUGUCGGGCGCUGGCUCUGGCGAGGAUGCGCCCCCUGA